AGAGCUUGGGCACACAGACGCAGACGGGCCGUGAUGCCGCGCUGUUUGGGGAUAAAUGCCUUCACUUGGGGCUGCGGGGCUUCAGAGCAUGGGCAGGCUGCGGACAGAGAGCAGGGAGCUCACACAUGCACGCCCACGUGCACGCACGCACACGCACUGUGGAUGCACAACAGGCUGCACUGUGUGAAUGACUGUUGACAUCAGGCUGGUGGUCUGCACGCUGGAUCUGCUGUGUAGGGCAGGAUUUUCAGCCCAGUGCUUGCGAUGGUUAAAAUGUAGGCUGAUCUUUUCGACCCGCUCGUGGAGAAAGACGUCUGAAGAGGCAUCUGAAGUUUUCUGAAACAGAAAACAUUUUGAAUAAAUCGUGUCGGCUGGUGGUUUCUCGGUGAAUCAAGGACAGAACUAGUCCCCCCGCAGGAUCCCCAUCAUGGAUGUCCUAUUGGAUGGGAGCCACCCGGCGACUCUCAGAGCUCUGCUGCUGGCAUGUGUGACUCUGCUGAUCUCCCUCCACUUGUGGCGGUGGCUCUUGAAGCGGUCGAGCCGCUGCCCGCCCGGUCCGUUCGCCUGGCCGCUCAUCGGGAACGCUGCGCAAAUUGGCAAAACGCCGCACUUGUAUUUUACGCACCUGGCGAAGAAAUACGGCAACGUCUUCCAGAUUAAACUCGGCUGCCGGACCGUGGUGGUGCUGAACGGGGAGUCCAUCAAACAGGCGCUGGUGAAGCAGGGGAUGGAAUUUGCCGGCAGACCCGACUUCACCUCCUUCCAGUUCAUCGCCAACGGGGACGGCCUCGCGUUUAACACCAUCACGGACUGGUGGAAGAUGCACCGCAGAGUGGCUCAGUCCACGGUGCGGUUGUUUUCCACCGGGAACCUGCAAACCAAAAAGGCUUUCGAGCACCACGUCCUCUGCGAGGUCAGAGAGCUGCUGGAGCUGCUGGUGAAGAAAACCAAGGCGCACCAGUACUUCUCGCCGAUGACAUAUCUCGUGGUGUCCACGGCCAACAUCAUGAGCGCGGUGUGCUUUGGGAAGAGGUACUCCUACGAGGACAAGGAGUUUCGACAGGUGGUGGGCAGGAACGACCAGUUCACGCAGACGGUGGGCGCAGGGAGCAUAGUGGACGUGAUGCCCUGGCUCCAGUACUUCCCAAACCCCAUCAAAACCAUAUUCGACAACUUCAAGCAGCUCAACCUGGAGUUUAGCACGUUCAUUCGAGAUAAAGUUAUUGAACACAGAAAGACAAUCCAGUCAAGCACCAUCAGGGACAUGACGGAUGCUUUUAUAGUGGCGCUGGACCAACUGAGCGAAAAAACAGGCCUCACAUUAGGGAAGGACUACGUGACCCCCACUGUUGGGGAUGUAUUUGGAGCAAGUCAAGACACCCUGUCAACUGCACUACAGUGGGUUUUCCUCAUCCUGGUGAAGUACCCUGAGAUGCAGGUGCGUCUCCAGCAGGAGGUGGACAAGGUGGUGGACCGCAACAGGCUCCCCUCCACCGAGGACCAGGUGCAGCUGCCGUUCGUCAUGGCCUUCAUCUACGAGGUGCUGCGCUACACGAGCUUCGUGCCACUCACCAUCCCCCACUCCACCACCACGGACGCCUCCAUCAUGGGCUACAACAUCCCAAAGAACACGGUCAUCUUCAUCAACCAGUGGUCCAUCAACCAUGACCCGGCCAUGUGGCCCCAUCCGGAGACCUUUGACCCCGAUCGUUUCCUGGACCAGAACGGAGCGCUGAACAAAGACCUGACCGGCAGCGUGCUCAUCUUUUCCCUGGGUAAGCGCCGGUGCAUCGGCGAGGAGCUGUCCAAAAUGCAGCUGUUCCUCUUCACGACCCUGAUGGCGCACCAGUGUCACAUCACCGGAGACCCAGCCAGACCACCCGAGCUGGACUACACCUAUGGUCUGACGCUGAAACCUAAGACCUUCCACAUAGCAUUGUCCCUGCGUGAGGAUCUGAGGCUGCUGAACGUGGCUACUGGGCAGGAACCUGCUCCAGAGGCCAAGAUCGAGCCCUCAUCAGACUCCUAAACAAAAACAAAUCAAAACUGUAACAAGCAAAAAAAAAAUGAAGGCUGACACACAUAAAGACUUAUGAACUGUAGCUCGUGUUCAUGGGCUGAAAACUGUAUUUCUAAGCUGAAAUCUCAGGCUAAAUUCUUAUCACUGAUCACUGACUCAUUUGCAAGUGUUAUAGUGCCGGGUGGGAACAGAUGGCAUCUGGGGACGUGGUGUAGUGCGGACACGCCACGUCUGCAUCUGACAUACCACUGAGUGUCACAAUAAGCAUCUUCUUUUGAUGGCUCAAGGUGGAGGACUGCAGUCAGCUUCAGCCUGACCUCACAGGAGCGUUGAAUAGCUGCUGUAACGCAGCCAAGUGAUUUUAGUGUGAAUACCACUGCUGCAAGAAUGUACUGAAAACAAGACAUCAUUAAGCUUACGGAGACGUCAUAGUGUUGCUUUCUAUGAACGUUUUUGCUGUCAGAUAUAAACAGCAACAACAUUGUAUCUCCAAUACGCCGGCCUUUCAGGAAUCCCUUUAAUUUCAACACAAUUUCUAUUUGUUUUAUUAAUGGGGUCCCCCCCCCCCCUACAAAAACAUUUUUAAUACAAUAUCAAAAAUACAAAAACACACAAAACAUGUGAUAUUUAAAGGUAAA